CCCCAUCGCCGCCAGCUGCCGAGGGUGGUCGGGUUGAGACGGCCUCCUGCCUCCGGUCUGAGUCCCGAGAGAGCGCAGCCCCUUGGCGUCCCCGCGGCUCGGACGCAGCAGGAGCGGUGGCCCUGACCUCUGGGCACCUCUCGGGAGGAGGUUGCUCCGAGGUUCCAGCUUCAGGAAGGAUGUUACCUCUCAUGAUGGGAGAGUUAAUGUUGCUGCUGCUGCUGCCCCUGGGUCAGGCUGCUCCCAAGGAUGGAGCCACAAGGCUGGACUCCGAAGUGCAGCAUCAGCUCCUGCCCAACCCCUUCCAGCCAGGUGGGGAGCAGCUCCGACUUCUGCAGGGCUACCUAAAGGGACUAGAGAAGAUGGAAGAGGAGCCCGAGCCCCUGAGCCGGGAGCAAGUUCUCCUCUACCUCUUUGCCCUUCAUGACUAUGACCAGAGUGGACAGCUGGAUGGCUUGGAACUUUUGUCCAUGUUGACAGCUGCCCUGGCCCCUGGGGCUGCUGACUCUCCUACCAAUAACCCGGUGGUCCUGGUAGUGGACAAGGUGCUGGAGACCCAGGACCUGAAUGGAGAUGGACUCAUGACCCCUGCAGAACUCAUCAACUUCCCAAGAGAGGCCCCCAGUCAUGCAGAGCCCAGAGAGCCCCUUGCUCCAUCUCCUCCAGAGCCACAAGCUGUUGGGAGGCAGUCCGUGUUAGCUAAAAGCCCAUUCAGACAAGAAACACAGGAAGCUCAGGAUCUCAGAGAAGAAGCUGGAGGCCAGGGAGAGGCCAGAAGGGAGUCCUUGGAGCCUGUCCAGGAGGCCGGGGGCCAAGCAGAGGCUGGAGAUGUCCCAGGUCAUAGAGGAGAGGCUGGGGGCCAGGCAGAGGCUGAAGGAGAUGUCCCAGGUCCUGGAGGUGAGGCCAGGGGACAGGCACAGGCCAGAGAGAAUGGGGAGGAAGCCAAAGAGCUUCCAGGGGAAACACCAGAGUCUAAGAACACCCCAAAUGAUUUUGAAGUUCAUAGUAUUCAGCUGGAGAAUGAUGAGAUAUAAACCUUAGGGAUACAGGGUUGCACCCUCGAAGUCUCAGUGCCAGAACAUAAGCCUCCUAAGGGAGGCGUGUAUGUUGGGACCACCUCUGUGUCCCCUUCUUGGCCCCAGUAGGAGUCAGGUCUUUCUGUGCAGCUCAGGGAGACCCUAAGUUAAGCAGCAGCUUUAGGGCCCAGACGUCCAAUAAAGAACUGAAUCAAU